AUGCAGCCCAGCCUGGUUUUAGCCGCUUUUCUCUGUUUCACUACCUGGAUGAGCUCAGUCCGUACAACCCCUAUAAGCAUACGCAGUUGUUGUGUCGUGUGGUCCAAAACCAGAGUCCCACUUGACCGAAUUGUGAAUUACGACAUUCAGUCUGAAGAUACUUGUCGCAUCAAAGCAGUACAGUUACAGACCGUGCUUGGAAAGACAAUCUGUGCCAAACCAGACGCUGACUGGACAAGAAAAGCAAUUGAGAAGGUGGACAGGGAGAAUUUGCAAAAGGGAUUCGCAAGUGACACGACCCCAACAGGAUCCACUCCAGCAACAUCCACACCAGCAACAUCCACUGCACCCCCAACAUCAGAAAAGAUCCCUCAAAAGAAUGUCACUUUGGGAGAGGACACGCAGGAUGGAGGAACAAGGAGCAGUGAAAAUGUGUCCGAGAAAUCCCCCCCAAAUUAAAGCUUACUAAAAUCAGUGCCACUCUACUUAGCUUUACCGCUCUUGCUAUAUUUCAUCAUUAAAGUUAAAAAAAAGAAUACUAUAGCUAC